AACCGUGACCCUUGCGACCCUCUGCAUGCACGUGUGUCGACGAUCCGGGACUCACAAUACUGUGCCCACAUCGAUCAUCGAAUGCUUGUUGACAUUAGUGACAAUACGCUGCCUUCUUCGUCGCAUACUAGCUAGCUUCAAAAGCUCCGCGGCGUUUGCUGGCCCAUCUCUCAUGUCACCUCGUCAUGGCAGACGAGCCCGGUGACAUGACUGUCCCGGACGGCAUUGACUUCAACCACCCUUACGCGCCUUACGAUGUGCAGACUGACUUCAUGAAAGCCGCCUAUGGCGUAUUGCAGCAGGGAAACGGACAAGUCGGCAUUCUCGAGAGCCCGACAGGCACGGGCAAAUCACUCUCACUAAUAUGCGCCUCAUUGACAUGGCUGCGGAAUCAGCGUGUUGAGGAACACGAGGCAUCUCUCAAAGUCAACAUGGACGACUUCAAGGAUGAGCCCGACUGGAUUGUGGAGCAGAUGCUACGCCGGAAAAGAGAUGAGCUCGCCCGCACCUGGGAAGAGCGAGAGAAGAAGUUGGAACAGAUUCGUCAAAAAGAAAAGGCCAUUGAAGCUCGCAGUGCUAAGCGUCGCCGUUUCGACGAUGGCCCCUCGAGAUCAAAGCCUCGUGCUACUGACGGUGAAGAGGAUGACGAAUGGUUGCUCGAUGAGCCAGAUGCAGCUGGGUCAGCCAAUGACGGCGACGCCAUGAGCGGCCUCAGCAAGGAGACAAAGGACAUUCUCUCCAGGUUUGGCUUGGGAAGUCUCAAGCCCGAGCAAGAGGAGGUCAAGGUUGCCGAUGGAGUAAAGAUAUACUACACGUCAAGGACGCAUUCCCAACUCACUCAAUUCAUCCAUGAACUGCGACGACCAUCGUUCCCCUCUUCCGUACCUCGGUCGAUUGUCCAACGCCAGAGUGAAGACGAUCAACCUGCCAAAGAACCAGUCAAGCACCUGCCCCUAUCAUCACGACAGAAACUCUGCAUCAACCCCUCCGUGUCGCGCCUCGGUAGCUUGUCCGCCAUCAAUGACCGCUGCGCGGAACUGCAGAAGCCCAAAUCCAAGGAUAAGUGCCCACACGUCCUGAAAGAAGAUAACAUUGCCGAGACGCAUCAGUUCAGGGACACUGCCCACGCCACGUUGCCAGACAUUGAAGACCUGUACCAUCUGGGGAAGAAGCUGUCUGUUUGUCCAUACUAUGCAUCACGCGCGGCGAUCGCCGGUGCCGAAAUUGUCACUUUGCCGUACCCUUUGCUUCUGCAGAAAAAUGCAAGAGACGCGCUCGGCAUCAAGUUGGAGGGCAAUGUGGUUAUUGUCGACGAGGCGCAUAACAUCAUGGACGCGGUAGCCAACGUGUAUGCGUCCGAGGUGAAGCUGAGCGAGCUGAGGAGGGCACGACAGAUGCUCGGCAUAUACGUCAAGAAGUUUGGCAAGAAGUUGAAGGGAGAGAACCGAGUCAUGGUCGGGCAGGUGGGCAGAGUUGUCGAGGGUCUCAGCGAGUGGAUGGAUGGGCAAUCGAAGCUCAAGAGUACCCAGGGCAUCGUCGACUCCAAAGUCCUUCUCCGCUGCAAGGGAGUAGAUCAGAUCAAUCUCUUCCGUCUGAUCCAGUACAUUCAAGAGUCAAAACUCGCCUACAAGAUCGAGAGCUAUGUUGCCCAUGUUGAGGAAGAAGCCGCUGACGUAGGCCACGUCAAGGCACCGCCAAGAUCAUCCACGCCUGUUCUUCACAUACUAUCCUCAUUCCUAAUCUCCCUCACCAAUCUGAGCUCCGAGGGGCGCAUUUUCUACGAAAAGCUUGCCACGAACCCGCCAGAUAUCCAGCUUUCUUACCUACUGCUAUCACCAACACACGCCUUCUCAACCAUUGCCACGAGCGCCAGAGCUGUCAUCCUCGCUGGCGGCACCAUGUCCCCAUUCGACGACUACAAAGACCAUCUCUUCCCAUACCUUUCCACCUCAAAACUCACCACCCUCAGUUGCGGGCAUGUCAUUCCACCGUCUAACCUCUGUGUAUGGACCCUGGCGGGCACACGGCCCGGCCCAAAUCGGGACACCAAUUCGACUUUUGAGUUCAGCUUCCAGCGCAGGGCCGACAAGGCUAUGGUAAGCCAGCUCGGCCUGGCCAUUUUGAACAUGUGCAACGUCGUCCCAGAUGGCGUUGUCAUGUUCUUCCCAAGCUACGGGUACCUCGACGAAGUUGUUGCAGUGUGGGAUAGUCGGACUGCCGGGGAGCCCAAGUCAAUAUGGCAGCGCCUUCAAGAACGGAAGCAGGCAUUCAAAGAAACCCGCGGCGGAUCCAGCGACGAGGUGCUGGAGGCGUAUAGCCAAGCCAUAUUGGGCGACGGCACUGACGCAGAAAAGGGAGCGCCACCCAAACCUCGGGGCGCCCUGCUGCUCAGCGUCGUCGGAGGCAAGAUGAGCGAAGGCAUCAACUUUUCCGAUCGCCUAGGUCGGUGCGUCAUCAUUGUAGGCCUUCCAUACCCAAACAUCAACUCCCCCGAAUGGAAGGCCAAGACAGAAUACAUCGAGACCACGACUGUUCAGCGACUGACCGACCCUGACGGCACGACGAAGAUGUCGAGAGACGAGGCGUUGGUGGUCGCGAAGCAGACGGCGAGGGACUUUUACGAGAACGCGUGCAUGCGGGCCGUGAACCAGAGUAUUGGGCGGGCUAUCAGGCACAUGGGUGACUAUGCGGCCAUCGUUCUCGUGGAUCGCAGGUAUGGAACGGAGAGGAUCCGGGGAAAGCUUCCAGGCUGGAUUCGAGGUGGUAUGAAUGGUGACAGCCAUGAGAAGGGGCUGCCUCAACUGAUGGGAGCACUGAGUGGGUUCUUUCGGUCGAAGAGGACUGGAGCAUCGUGAUAGUGUCGUUGGCCUCGUUGGCGUGUACUGUCUAUUGUAUAAUCCGUAUUGAAUAGGCUCCAACUGAGCAUCUCGUCCAAGAAGAGGAAACGAG